AUGACAGCACCGAACGGCAUCAACGGCACCCCUCUCACAGUACACUACCCAGCCUUCCUCACCGAAGACGCGCCUCGACCACCUGACAACCAACGCUCCAUCGAACCCCCCCAACGUAUCGACCUCCUCGUCGACUGCAUCACGCACCUGACCAAUGAGGGAACCCAUUUACCCAUCCCCAUCGGACAGCUCUUCGUCCUCACGAAUCGACUGCUGCAGGCGAGGGGCAGGGAGAGGGAGGUGUUUGGGUUUGUGGAAUUUAAGGCGGUGGUGAGGUGUUGCGUUUUGGAUGGGGGGAGGGGGUUUGCGGUGAGGGAUGGGAGGUUGGUUAGGAGUGAGGAAAGGAUGGAGGAGGAGGAGGUUGUUAGGGAGAUUCGGGUGGCUAUGGAGGGGGUUGAGGAGGUGGGUAGGGUUAGUGUUGGGGUUUAA